CUCUACUCUACAUCUUCUGACACCUGCGUUGCCAAUACCAGACCAACCACUCCACUUUGUUCAACUCGCUUAGCUCCCAAUCCACACUAUGAAAUUCAUCUCGCCCGCCGCCGUUGCUCUCGCACUUGCAUUCUCUGGCACUGCCGUCGAGGGUCUCGCUAUUCGUAGUCCGCACGCCUUGGAUGACGGUUCCAAGGUGGUGAGGCGCAGCCCGUACCCCGAAGGCAAUGCAGCUACUCACGCGGCUCGGGGUCAGCAGUAUGAUCACUACAAUGGCCACCACAAGCGCAGCGAAGAAGACGACGGCGCUGCAUACAACGCUGAUGUCGGCUACGGCAAGCAGGCCGCAGAAAAGAACGAAGCUAAUCGCAAGAAGCAAGACUCGAUCAAAGACAAAGAGUACGACAAGGACUUUGAUCUCGAUCUCGACUGGGAGAAGGAGAGAGAAGACGUCCAGCGCAACCAUGACUCAGACGAGAAGCACGAUCAUCAAUCCAAGGAUAAGAACAACGCCAUCGACUUUGGCUCGAGGCUGAAGGACUUUGGGUUCUUCAAACGCCAGGCUGUAAAUAACAGUGGCAACGCCGUUGAGAAUGCUGAGUCUACGGACGAUCUAGGGAGCUUCUUCGGGAACGCAGAGAACCCCGAUGACCUUACCUUCGAUGACAUUUCCAAGGAAGAUGCCGGCGCCGUCGAACAAGAGGCAGGCAAUUCUGAAGCAGAACUCACCAAACGCGGUGACGACAGAUACGGCAAGGGGCACGGCGGAUACGGCGGCAGGAACUUCGCGAACAACCUCGGCGCCUACAACUCCGAUAGAAACAGAAACGACAAGGGAGAGAAGCACGUUAACGAUGACUUCAAGAAGAGCAAGGAGAAGGAGAAGCUCAAGCUCAGUAUCAACGACGAUGUAAACGCACACGAUAAGGCUGCGCAGAGCAAUGAGUCCGAUCACGCCAAGAAUGAGAAGCUUGCUCAGGAAGGCGCGGCCGCCAAAGAGUCCGCUCAGCUGUAG